UUUUUUAAGUGAGCGAAUGAUAUAUAUUUUUUAUAAAUUUUAUUGGACAAGGGAUCUCGAGUAUAAUCUUUUAACCAGACUAAUAAUUUAUGGAAUUUCUCUCCAAUUUAAAGCUAACGGUGAAGGGAGGGCAUGGUUGUCUACAUUCAAAAACAAUUCAAAAAUAUUUUUCUCCAGCCCCAACCCUCAAUUUAAAAAUUCGUAGCGCUCACCCAAUUUCAAGCCGCCCACAGUUGCGGAUUGUUUUGCAAAGAAAUUUUAAGGAUUAUUUUUUUAAUUUAAAUUUGGAUUUUUAAAUAUUUCGAAUCCUAACGAAAUUUUUUCUAAAAAUUCAUUUUUCUAAGACAUCAAAAAUUGGUGUUGGUUAAUGAGUUUAUUGGCUGCUUAUUGUUUUUACGCAACAGGAAAUCAAAGAACUUUAAAUUCAAUUCCUUGGCGUGCUGCUUUUGUUGUUUUACCUGGAAAUUUUGCUUUUAAAUGGGUUCCUGCUUCUUUUAUUUUGACUGCAAUGUUUUUUGGACAAUUAUUGGCUUCUUUAAUGGCACAUAUGAAAGAAGAGGAAACGGCUCCUUUUUACUUAAUUUUGUUUUUGGCAAUUAAAGUAGGCAACAUGAUUCUUGAUUUUUUAAAAUUAAAAUAA